UGAAUUUGAUGUAUAUCGAUUAUUUUCAUCGUUGGAUAUACAAACACAUUGUCGACAAUUCGAUGGAGUUACCGGUGUAGACGGGUGUACCAACAGUUGAUUUUAAAAACUUGCCCCAUAUAGAAAAUGUAAAUUGAGUAUCUGUGUACUCUUCACAGAACUAAAAUGUGAUUGUGGCAACAGUGGUUUUUUUCGUUGUUUAUUUGUUAUUGAUAUGUGAGAGGUUAUGUAUGGGUCAGUCAACAAAUUUCAAAUUAUGGAUAAUGAUGAAAAUGCUGAUAGUGUUUUCAAUUUAAUAACGAGUCUAUGUGAGAAAUUCUCAACCGACCCACAAGAAAUUAAAUCAUCCAGAUCAAAAUGCUACGAAAUUCUACUAGGAAAGAGAAUCCCUGUAUUCAAAAAAAAAUUCCAAGACAAUAAAGGCACUGAUGAUCCUUAUUGUAACUUAUUAUGUUGGCAAUUCAACCUUGCUCAUGAAUAUAACUUGACAGAACAUGCUGAAGAAUUGAGUACUUGUAUGGACAGUUUUGAAUCAAACUUUGAAGAUUUCAGGAGUAUCAUUACUUUUUUAUACAGUUUAAGGAAUGUACCUACAAAAAAUAAAAAGUCGCUGGAUCUUUCAUCCUUGCCGUCUUUAGAAGAAUUCGAAAAUUUCAAUAACCUCUUCAAGCUUCCUGAAUCUUAUUGCACUGAAUCUGAAAAUCUCUCCGAUGCUAGUUCUACAUUAAUAACUUGUGGGUCAAAGGUUCACGAGAUCAAAGAAUCUCAGUCCAGAUUUUCACUAGAAGAAAAAUUAACUGCGAGUUCUACCAGUCUCAGAAAGAAAUCAGUUAUUUCCGAGAAAGGACCUCUUCAACCCAGCUUAUCACUUGAAUACAAGUUCACUGAUUUAUUCAAGGACGAAGGGUACCAUUCACCUUCCUUAGGCUUAGAUGAUAAUAUUUGGGAGCUAGCUUCCAAGCUCAAGUAUUGUGAUCGAAAAAAUUGGGAGAAUUAUGGGUACCCAGAGCCGGACAAAGAAAAUCCAUUUUUAUCGGAACUUGGGGCGUUAUCCUCAUUGUGGGUUGAGAAUUUGGAGUCGUUGUAUAUGUAUAAAUUGUUCAAAGAUGGUUCAGUCUUCACUUCCAAAAUGGUAUCGAGAAGGUGUUUCAUCAGGGACUUGAAGUACUUAUUAGGUAUGUUAUGUAUAUUUUGAUAGCAUUUCUUGAAGUGAAUUUGGU